ACACUUGCAUAUGCGGGCUGGAGCAGAUUCGGCCGUUUCGUUAUAAAAAACGCCAUAUUCGACGGAGAAGGCCUCACAUCACAUCGGCGGUCGCUCUGCGACGCGGAGCACAAUGUAGCUCCCCGAAUUGUGUCUCUGGGAUGAAAAGCUGGCAGUGAAAACCUUGGGCCAGCAAUGUGCCGGCACCAGGGUUGGAAACAUCGGCGCAUCAAACCUCCGGGAAUUUCUGCCCGUUCGUCUUUUUGGCACGGGCGAUAGCCGUAGCGCUGCGCACGGGAAAAAAAACCAACCACCUUGCUAACCGCUCCGCGCUUGUGCCUGCGCAUUUUUAAUCAUCAACCCAAAUUACCCAAAAUGGCGGCCGCCCCGCCGCUGCUGCACGAAGGAUGUGAGGAUUUCUGGUCUUGGAGCGCCAACGACAAGUCGCACGAGGUCAAACUCCAGGGUGCCCGGAACGAGACUGCCGUGUUCCACCCCAACUGGUCCAACGGCACGGCCGGGGUGCGGGGCACCCGGGUGCUGAACCGGGGCCGGUUCUACUGGGAGCUAAAGCUGUCGCACCGGGUAUUCGGCACCAGUAUGAUGUUCGGCAUCGGCACGAGGCGGACCCGGCUCCAUGUCGACGAGUUCGUCAACAUGCUUGGGGAGAACGACCAGAGCUGGGGGCUGUCCCACAAAGGGUUGCUGUGGCAUGGGGGGACCUCCCGGCCCUUCACCGAUCCCUUCCCCGAGAAACAGCCGACCACGCUGGGGCUCCUCUUUGACGGGAUCAAGGGGACGCUGACUUACUACAAGGACGGGGUGUGCCUGGGCGAGGCCUUCACGGGGCUGAACCGCUACACCUCCGAGCUGUACCCCUUCGUGUGUUCCACCGCAGCCAAGACGGAGAUGACGCUGACCAACAUGAGACGGGGUAUGGUGUCUUUGGAGGACCGCUGCUGUGUUACUAUAGCAACGCAUCUUCGAAGCGAGAAGGAAGCAGGCGGGUUGCUUCUGCCGGCGAUUUUGAGAAGCAAUAUUGCACGUGAGUGUUCCCGUCAGUCCCAAAACAAUGACCCUUUGACCCAUCUGAAAUCCUCAUGCGGUGUAACAUGGACAUGACCAAACUGGGAACUGGAAAUUUCGAUCACCAUCUAUUUCAAAGACCCUUUUUUCUUGUUUGCAUAUUUUUGUUUUGUUCGUCACAGACAACGCGGAGUUAAUAAUGUCAACAUGAACACGCAUCGAUGUAUAAAAUGCUCUUUGACUGUUUUUCAAUGUUGCCUACGCAGAGGCAAUUUGAAAGUUCCUUUUUAACACUCAUCAGUCGUCUGUUCCCGAUGCCGCCGCCAUCUUGGCCAUUGUUAUCAGUGACGUCAUUUAAACCCCGACAUCUGUCACUACGAACAUAUUGAAUUUGGAAACCCCGUGUGCAGACGACAUGAGAAUCGAUAAAAACAGGUCGAGAUGCGCGAUGACUGCGCGAGGGUCUGAACACGUCCACCAAAGUAUCGAUUAUUAAAAUGAAACCAGUCUCGUGUUGCACAGAAAUUGAGGGAUAACAGCAAGCGGCCGAUUCACGAGUUUUUCUCCCUUCUCAGAGGGGAAACAUGGCCUCUUUGAUCCCACUUCUAUGAAAUGACAUUUAACAGGCACUAAUUCCAACUGCGUCAGCGAAGACAGCAUUUUACACAACGCAGACAUGCAGUGACUCUGUAUCAACAAAUUCGUUUCCAUAGACCUGCAGUCGCACACAAGGUUCCCCGACCAGCAUGAACUGUUUACGAAUGGUCCAAACACUAAACUUUCUUCAUUUCCCGAUAAACCCUGGCUAUCUAUCCAUCAAUGAAGAGUGGACUUUGGAAUGGGAUCAUUUUCAGCUGCAUUGUAUCACAUUUCAAGACAGCUCAUGUCGUGUUUUGGAACAUGCUUUUUUACAUGACCGUUGUGUGCGCUACAAGAGACUAAUCAUUGUUCCUUGGGUGGUGACAUCGAGAACGGCCACAGCGCACGAGCACAUUAAUUGCACCUCUUUGUUCUCGCAACCAUCAACAUGGUAACAGACGGUACAAUUCCCAUGGUAACAGGAGGGUAUCCCGCGACCGUCACGUGACCCACCCGCUCACCACGACGAGGCACGGAACCACAAUUCUUUGUUCCAGGGCUGGGGGGAAAAUUCAGCGGGUCAGUAAAAACUUCGCCCGAAUGACCGUGCCGUGUGGCCAGGCACCGGCUGUCGCAUCGUGAACAGACAACGGGGUCGGUGAUGAUUGGACCACGCCAAGCGGAGCCAGGCCCCGCUAAUAGUCCCUGCGAGCACGGUACACGCGACACCAGGGACACGGUUCGGCUCUCCGAGAUCACGGGAGUCUGGCCAACCCCUGUCAUCAUCAUCCAGGGCCUGACAGAGGGAGAGGAGGCAGGCCAUUGGCUCCUUUGGAGGCAGGGUUCGUCCUACAACCAGGGAUUGGUCCAGGUCCUCGUCGAGGAAGGUAAGGCGAUGACUGGCGGAGCUUGAAGACACAAGACGAAGAAAAGGUUCUCCAGCCUGGGCAAUGGUAUGAUGUCUGCUGUGUACACACAGGGUUUGCCACAAUGGGUUCCUUGCUAGGAAUCGCUUUUCAUUUAGUAAAUUUAUCCGAAACAAUUCCAACAUUAUGUUGGAUGUCAUAACAAUUUGUCAAAAUGUCCGAGCAUUUUUUUUUCGGAGUUGAAAAUAAUGUUGCCUAUCCCAGCAUAAUCAGACUGUUGUGUGGGUGAUGACAAUUAUGGAAAUUCUCUGUGCAAUUUGUUUUAAAUACACGUAUGAUCUUUUUCUGAAAACAGCGCAAUGAUGUUACGCAGCAUUAUGUAAAUAUUUCGCCCUAUCUCGAUAAGGUACUCAUUUUUAUUUCGUUCGUGUAAAAAUCCUGACAAAAAUUGUUGAAAUAUUUUUCUAACUCUUAAGAUCUUACUAUUUUGACCGUAGCAUGGUUGUGAAAGUCAAAAGUGUUCAACCAACAACUCAUAUCAGUUAACGUAGAUUAGAAGACUUUGUGGUGACGAAAUUGUCUUACUGUGUGUACUUAUUUAGUACAUUUUGUGCAUGACGUGAGACCGAUUUUUCCCCAUUACCGUGGAGUAAUUAUUUAACUUAAUAUCAUUAAGCCGGAUGUGUUCUGUAAAAUAACUCAACUUAUCUGCUGAAUAGAGCUAGAAAUUUUGAUUCGUUUAUUGUAUUCACGUUGACUGUAAUCAUAGGCGCCGCUGAUAAAAUUCCGACGACUCUUUCGUGUAUAAGAAUUCGGUAUUUGUUUUGGAAUGAAUCUGCCACGCCUUAUUUGUACAGUUCUGCAGUGCUGUUUUUUCUUAACCACGGCAAAGUCUUCGUGUAGAGCUUGAUCAUUACUUCAUUUACGUAAGUGUUGACGUGGUAGUGCACGACACGGUAAGUUCACGCUUCGGUUCGUCUUAGGCUGUGACUUUGCAUAUCUGUCAAUCAAUUUGUCGGUUCAGAGCGAGUAGAAGAAAUGUACAUUGAUGCGUCUGUGUCAACGAGGCAGCGAGUCUAAAAAUAAGCCCUGCACUCAUCCGUUGUGAGCAAUCAACUCAUUACAAGUAGAUCUAGGUCUGUAGACGUUUACUCAAAUGUAAAAAACAUAAUAAUAAUGAAAAAAUCACAAAAAAGAAGGAACGGGGGCACCACAAUAAAGCAACAUUUAGAGAGAGAUGUUAAUCAUAAGACAAAGAUUAUGCGACUCUUGUUUGAACCUGGAGCGCCCUCUCUUCAUUGUAGCAAGACACGAAUCUGGAUAGUCUACAUAAUGAUAGAAUUUUGUUUUUUUGGGGGGGGGUGCGGUUCAGCGAGUAUUGCAAAGGACACGGAUUUUUUUAAUGUUGAAACAGCAGAAUUACAUGUAGGCCCUAGUUUUGCGGCAAUUACGCUGUUUCCUCGCUCGAUCAAAACACACAAUCUCCAAACACAACAGUGCUUGAGUAAAUGAAAUCUACAGAGGGCGCACCGGCUUUGAACAAGUGUUACGUCACCAUUGAAAAACAGUAUUAUUUUAUCAGAGACUAGUGUUUUAUUAGAGAAACCACAUACUGCCUGUGUAUAGUGUGUCUGCUCGACAAGUCAGACUUACUUUAACCCGCUCAAACGCUGCCUAUAACCGAAGUAGAGAUUAACAUAACUAGACAACUAGCUUAACUAAUCAUAGUAUUGAGUAUAGUUUAGAGAUCAUUAGCGGUCUAUAGUAAUGGAAAUGGUAAUAACACUCAGGUCAAUGGUGUAAACAGCUGCCGAGAAAAAACUGCAAUCAUCUCAUUCAUAAUCAGAUUCGAAGACUUGGAUAAAUUACACCAUUGUGAGGUGAGUUCGGAGUAUUCGUAAAAUCGGUACGCUGUCAUCGGCACUAUCUUCUGUCAAACAAUGAACGGCAUGUAUUUAAAUAUUGCAUUUAGUAACUGAAAUACAGAUAUAAUUCUCGUGUAGUUCAUGUUGCUAAUAAGUAUGUGCUGAGCAGCUGCUUCAUGGCUGUUAUCAUCUACGCUUUAUUAAACACGUGGUGCUUUAUAUUUUCACUUUAAUACCGGGAUUAAGGCGCAGUACUGAGCGAGGUCGAAUGCUUGCCUAUCGUUCACUGUUGUUGAGUCACGUGUGAGUGACGUCACGUCACUCAACAAGUGACCACGUCACGUGAUGAGUAACAUGUAGACUUGUUGGCGCAACACGUGCACACGAUUACAGCAAACGAUAGCCGGGUAAUCAAAUGUGCUCAUAAUUCUUUAGAGUAGAAUUUAAAUUAAGUUUAUUCAACUAAUGUAAAUAGCAAUCAAUAUUACUAGUAAUAAUAGCUAGUAUGAAAUACGAAACUAUUGUUACGAGUUGUAAGGCCGGGAAGGUGCAAUAUUAAACUAAUAUCUUUGUCAAUCUAUGUGAAUUUGUAUAAUCACAUAUAUUAUCGUGCGAGAAUACAUUCCAAAAUGUUGUAGCGUCAGUGAAAAUGUAGUAAUCUUUCUACCAGUUGAUUUGUGGUAAAAUGUGUGUAGUUUCUCGGCUGUGAUUUUAGUGACUGUAUUAGACUCUUGUCGUAAACAUUUAUCCUCCUAUUUGUGGUCAUUUCUGUUAUAGACUAUAAACAUUUCGUAUGUCUCCGCUACGUUGUGCUAUUCUUCUUAUUAGAUAUAGAAAUACAAUGUACUAUAUUAUUCGUUACUUUGACAGGCGGUUUGUUUGCGAAUGACUUUUAUUCCAGAGGUGCAUGGAGGCAGCAGAUGUUUGAAUCCUUCUGGCACAAAAUUCGAUCUCUCGCAAACCAGCUUAGCAAACUUCUUGUUUCUUGUAACUUAAUCCUUCAUUAAGAACCACUGUUGUAAAUAGUAAUUUAUCAAUACUUCACGAAGCUAUGGAUUCUUGCUAUUCUGAAUGUAGUGCAUCUUUGACUUGCUUCCUGCGAAAACAUGCAGGCACAGUCAUGUGAACAGCAUAGGUGUAUUCAUUAUUAUGCGAGUAGAUUAGACACUAAAAUGAGCAAAUGUAUUCAAUAUAAACAACAACAACAACCAACAACAACAACAACAACAACAACAACAACAACAACAACAACAACAACAACAACAACAACAACAACAACAACAACAACAACAACAACAGCAACAACAACAACAAUUGUUUAUGGAUUUGAUUCAAUCGUAAACGCUGUGUAUUUACCGUUUUCAUUGUCGCAUGGAAAUCUCUGUUUUGUUUCCACGCAUUUGCUGAACACUAAUGUGUGCUUAAGGUAACAAUGAGAAACAAAUCCACUGGAUGUGUUCGUGCUCGCACACCGUUUGCAGACGUUUCAAAAUAGGAAUUGUCUGAAAAGGGCAAGGUGUUCCCCCUGAUUUUGACAGUUUGCGAAUGUAUGUUUCUACGAAUUAUCAAAAAUAUUAAAAGUCCUCUUUUAUUAAAUUAAGCUCAAUAGUUUUGAAUGUACCGUGUAUUAAGUCCUUUUCACUGAAUGUAUGUUCACCUGUACGUUACAGAAUAUUAUGUAAGAGUCUCAUUGUUAAAUUAUUUCGAUCUUAUUUAUUCAAAGGUCUCAUAAGAGGCAGUAAACCCUUUUCAUUGAAUUCAUAUCCAUUUGUAAAUUACAGAAUCUGCAUGCAAAAGCCUAAUUGCUGAAUUAUUUUUAUUCUAUUUAUGAAUAUUUCAAUACCACUUAUAUUAAGAAGGCUCACUUCCUGGAACUAUAAUUUUUUUUCUGAAAAAAAAAGGUCUUCUUUCAACUGAUUAUUUAUACUAGUAUUUAUAAUGAUUGAUUUCUGAUAAUCAACCUGAGAUGCGGUCAUUCUGAGCCUGGUUAAGGUGACACGUAUGACCCAUCUGAGAACCUGCCGUUACAAUUGCCAUUUGGAGUAGAAAUGAGUGUUGCUUUCUUUCGUUGAUUGUGAAUAAAGUGUAAUUUUUUUUUUGGUUAGAAACCCUA